GCAGAACCAGAGUGCGUAUAUUAGCCGAAAGAGCGUUUCGAGAUUGAGCUUCUCCACAACCUUCUCUCUCUCUCUCAUUUCGCUGAAGUUGCUGGUAGGCAGAUUCGUGCUGGUAACAGAAGACGAGGAAAUUAGUGGUCAAGAGGAGAAGAGAACUUACUCAUCAUGCCUUCUCAAAAGAUUGAGACAGGUCACCAGGACAUUGUCCAUGAUGUAGCUAUGGAUUACUAUGGAAAGCGUGUGGCAACAGCUUCGUCGGACACCACUAUCAAGAUAAUAGGCGUGAGCAAUAACUCUGGAUCACAGCACCUUGCUUCAUUGAGUGGUCAUAAAGGCCCUGUUUGGCAGGUUGCUUGGGCACACCCUAAAUUUGGAUCAAUCCUUGCUUCUUGCUCAUAUGAUGGACAAGUUAUCUUAUGGAAGGAGGGUAAUCAAAAUGAUUGGGCUCAAGCUCAUGUUUUCAAUGAUCACAAGUCAUCCGUGAAUUCCAUUGCUUGGGCACCUCACGAACUAGGUCUCUGCUUGGCUUGUGGUUCAUCUGAUGGGAAUAUCUCUGUCUUUACUGCCCGACCUGAUGGGGGUUGGGACACCACUAGGAUAGAGCAAGCUCACCCCGUUGGCGUCACUUCUGUUUCAUGGGCCCCAGCCAUGGCUCCUGGUGCUCUAGUUGGAUCUGGUUUGCUAGAUCCUGUUCAGAAACUGGCCUCGGGAGGGUGUGACAAUACAGUGAAGGUGUGGAAGCUUUAUAAUGGAACUUGGAAGAUGGAUUGCUUCCCUGCCCUUCAGAUGCACUCUGAUUGGGUUAGAGAUGUGGCUUGGGCACCUAAUUUGGGGCUUCCAAAGUCCACUAUUGCAAGUGCUUCUCAAGAUGGGACCGUUGUAAUAUGGACGGUGGCCAAGGAAGGAGAGCAAUGGCAGGGUAAAGUUUUGAAGGUUUUCAAGACUCCAGUUUGGAGGGUUUCCUGGUCGCUGACUGGAAAUUUGCUAGCAGUCGCUGAUGGGAAUAACAACGUAACGUUGUGGAAUGAGGCGGUGGAUGGUGAGUGGCAACAAGUUACUACAGUUGAGCCAUAGAUUUGGAGUUUGCCUGUUUUGUUAUCUACUUGCGUUUUGCUUUGCGUAGGACCUCUAUGAUAGACUCUUAUUGUCGUGGUGUUCUCUUUUUGAUUCUUAGAGUUUGUGAAUACAAUUAUUUCUACAUAAUCUUUCCUUAAGAGAUUAAUGAAGGCGUAUUAUCA